AUGGUGGAUAGAGCAUUGAUUACUCCUUUGAACGACGAUGCAGACAUGUUGAAUGAAAAGAUCAUCAGUAUGUUUCCUGGUGAAGAAAUUUCAUUUUACUCAUUUGACUCUGUUGAAGAUGACAUCCGAAAUCUGUACCAGCCUGAGUUUUUAAAUUCAAUAACCGCAAGCGGUUUACCGCCGCACAGGUUAACUCUAAAAACAGGUGCUCUAAUCAUGCUCUUGAGAAAUAUAGACCCAAAAUUAGGGUUGUGUAAUGGUACUAGAUUGUUAUGUCGUGGUUCCUACCAGAAUUUGAUUGAUGCAGAAAUUAUGACAGGCGAGUUUGUUGGGUCUAGAGUUUUUCUGUCAAGAAUUCCUUUGCAAAGUGCAGAAAAUGCGGGACUACUGUUUCAACUUACAAGAAAGCAAUUUCCAGUCAAGUUGAGCUUUGCUUUGACCAUAAAUAAAUCUCAAGGUCAAACCAUCCCACAUGUUGGAGUUUACCUCCCAGAUCAUGUUUUUAGUCAUGGACAAUUAUAUGUGGCAUUGUCGAGAGGAGUAUCAGAGUCUACCACAAAGGUGUUGGUUAAAAAAGGGUCCAUAGUUGGUGAAGAUGGCAUAUUUACUAAGAACGUCGUGUUUAAAGAAGUUUUGUUUCAUUAG